AUGGGGGGCCGCGCCGAGACGCCAGGCCUGUUCGGCGGGUUUUUCGCAUCCUCACAAGCUAAGGUAGGGUUUAUCCGUGGAGCAUCAGGGACAAGGGAGAAACUCGCUUUGAGGUGUACGUACACGAUAGAUCUGGGGGGCUGCCUCGACAUCCCUGCAGCAGCAAGCCCGCGUCGGUACCAUCGCAGUUGCCGGUCUCACCUGGUUAGGUCCGACGGUGACAGCUCCACUGAAACCAACGAUGUACGAGACAUCGCGGGUCCGCUCACGUUGUCUUUCCUGGAGCCCGGGAGGGAAGGAGGCGAGGAGCGGAGUCUGGCGCAGUUACGAUUGAGGACGCCCAGAGACGGUCGCAGCAGGAAACGGUGGGAAGCGGACCGAGAGGCAGCGGCGCUUGACGUGCACCGCGAGUGCGUCUCUUCGUUCCCUAGCCGCUGUACGCCCAUUCGUCGACUCUUUGACGUUGGCGAGUACGUGACGAUUGAGGCGGUGCGGACACCCGCGCAAGCUCAUCCGGGAGACGACGAAAAGGAAACGUUCUGUUCGUCUCCUUCCUGCACCCCCUCGCGCGCACCGUGCGAGCCUGUGGCAAUCUCGCGAAGCAGCGCGGGCAUGCUUCUCAGCGCCCUUUCGUUGGCAGUCACUGAGCUACAAUUGCAGGACCGGGAGAGCCUGGAGGAUGUCUGCCAGCAGAGACUCCUUUCGAGCCUGUCUCAGAUCAAGCAGGACAAGGAACUGCAAAGGGGAGACCGAGUUCAAACCUCUGUGGCCCCGGAUGAUUCAUCUGAGUCCAGCGCUGACUCCGCAGGACUCACCCCUUCACGGGCGCCGAAGCCUAUGCCAUGGAAUCUGCCAGUGUUUGCAGUGAUGGAUGCUGACGAAGAACUGUUUCUUGGAUCCUACAUCGCGUCGGCGUCUCUCUAUAAUCAAGAAUUCGUUUUGCCUUGCAACCAGCGGGAGCCUUCCAGCAGCGGCGGUGGUGCGGCGGCUGAGAAAGGUCUGGAAGCCAUGGCUGAAAGGAGGAACAAAGGAGGGGAGACUUCUCCAUGCGCAGCGGGUCACAAGAAUGCGAAUGAGAGAGACUCUCAUUCAAGAGACGGCAGGAAGGAGACUUUCGGCGCAACCGCGAGAGCAGAAGACAGUCCAGGGUGGAAACGAGCUCUCAGUACACGGUUAACAAGUCUGGACGAGCUUUGGCAUUGGGAAUUCUUCGGAUUUAAUGUAGUGCGGAGAAAGGGCCAAAGCGUCGGCCUUACAGGUUUCUUCAACUACCUCGCCUGCGCUGUGGGACUUGGAACUCCGCCUGCGCUCCUGUGCCCUUUCGAUCGCCGCCGACAGAAGGCGCUUCUUCGUGUCCUCAGAGAGAGGACCCGCGUUUCGCUUCGUUCCACGUAUUUCGUUGCAGAGCUGCCCGUUCGUCCCUCGCGGCCCUUGCCUUUUCCGCGUUCCUCGACAGCCGCCCCGUCUGCGGCGAGCCACGAGAGGGGCGCGGUUGGAGCUGCGGCACACAGAGACGCUUUAGAGGCCGAGCGCGAGGGGGAGUGGCAUUCUAUUUGGGAGUUCGGCCUGCGAGACCUCUGGCGAUCAGCCGAUUUUUCUGACAGUGAGGGCGAGCUCACCCAACCAGCAGCCCGCUGUGGAAGCAGAAGAAGUCAGGGGUCAGCUGCCGGCGGCAUCGACGCUGCGGAGGAGGUGUCCAGCGACAUGCGAGAAGCGUGGAUGACACCACGCGAGGGCGAAGACGACAAUGCAGCAGCGCGAAUGAACGCACGGGACUCCGGUGAGACUCCGUCUCUUGCUGCUCUCUCCGGUGGCGCAUCCUUAGGCGGCAGCGCAGCGGCGCAUGCUGGGGGUUUCAUUCAUAAGGAUCUGCUUAUUCGCCUUUCCAUCACCGGACCUGACCCAUAUGCCUCACUGCACUUCUGCCGCGCGCUGCCGUCUCUUCCUCUGCUUUCGUACCGAAGCACAGACAGCAACGCCGCCGACCUCAGCUGCUUUACGGGUCUCUACGACGAGCAGCGAGGGCCUCUUGGACCCCCCGGCGCGCUUCCCUUUGUGUGCACCCUCCGGCUCACGACACAGCGGCAUGCCCUCGAGCGCAUCCGGGGCCUGCAGUGUCUUCUGCGAGCUGAAACGCCAUGCUUCCCGCCUGCUUCAGGCUACUCCGAAAGGGACGGACUGCCGCAGCCGCCCAGAGAGAAAAACCUGACUGAGAGGACUCGCCCACAGUUGCGUCCUCAGCUCGGCGAAGAAGCACAACGCUCUGUAGGAUCACGACAGGGAGAUGGCCUUCUGCGAGGGGAUGACGAGGAGAUGAACCGCACUGAAGGACAGACUGUGCUGCAUGCGAAAGGCCGAUUUUGUUCUCAUCUCGGCUUCUUAGCUGCCCUGGCGCCGCUUCUUGCACCUAUUCCGCCUCCGCGGACCCCUGAUGGACUCUUUCCCUUCGGUCCGCCUUCCCUCGCGGCGUCGCCCGCAGCAGAAGCAGACCUCCGUCGGUCUAUUCUGAGCGUAUUGAAUCCCCAGCAGCACGAAGUGACUCUUCCGUUUCCUCUCACAGCACGGCUGUUCGGGCUCAGUCUUCUAUUAGGACAAGCUCUCGAGAUCAGCGAAGGGUUCCUCGGUGCGGAUGCGGAAGACAGGUCCUCCUCAGACUUCCCAGGGAAGCGGCGCCGCGAUAAGCCGCUUCUGGAUGAAACGUUCUCGUUAGCCUUCCCGCCUACUCAAAGCUCUGAGUCUGAACAGCCUCCCAGCCACGAGGGGGGACCCCGGCCUGCCUUCUUGCAGCCGCGUCAGCUUGAGCGCCCCGCUGGCCAGCAUGCCCCCGCGGGGGCCUACGUCUGCGGGAGGUGUGAGGAGUCCGAAGAGGAGGAACUGAGCCGCGCGGAUAAGCCUCGCGUGCGGCGCGCUGCAGAGAUAGACUGCAGUUCCGCGCCACCGCUAAAGGGAAACGCAGGCGCACUGCGUUCGCUGGCGAGACCGACCCGCGGGCUCUCUCCUCAAGCCGCUUCACCGGUGGCUGCCUGCGCAGGAGGACAAGACGAGGCUGAUACGAGCCCGGCGGACGGACGCCAUCUCGGAUGGAGUGUGGCGGGGAUUGCAAAGAGAGCCGGUCGAGAACGAGUAAGUCGCAGAGCUGAAGAAGACACGCCCGCGAGGCCUCCGUCGGCUUGGGCCAUCCCGUCGCCCUUCUGUCCGCCCGACUCCGCCGGAGACCGGGGCGCGUUCUCGUGGGUCGGGGGAGAGAUCGCGUCCGCUGCUUCCCAGCCGAGCGACGGCCUUUGUCGCGGGCCGUCGUCAGGCAGUGGAGAAGAAGCGCGCAUGCGGCGCGCCGUCAAGCGGCUGCUUCGCCCUUCGCAUCCUGACGACCACAAAGCGCAUCUCCUGCGGCAGGCCCGCAAGCUGGCUGUCCUCGCCGCCAUCGAGAACGGCGGUGACGCGGGCGUCUCCAGUCGCUCGGGCACCACAGACGCUGCACGCGCCCCGAAGGUCCCGAGGGGCGUCCCAGAUGACCCCCAUUCGGGUCCUGCGUGCUCUGCCUCGUGUCCUUCGCCUUCGUCCCCUCACUCUCCGAAUCGCGCAGUCUUUCUUGCAUUCUCGCUUCUCUGCCGAGGCGCACCGUCGAACUCGCUUUUGACAGAUCUAGCACUUGCGGUCGCGGGCCUGCCUUCUCUUGUGCACGUCCAGCGCUUCUGGAGCCUCUUUCUCGUGGCGCUCCGCGGCGCGUGGGAGGCACGGACGCUUCUUCCCCGUGUCUCGUCAGCCGCGCAUCCGUCUCCGUGCCCUCCGGGGUUUCAGCCGCAGCGUGCCCCCUGCGCGGGAUCGGCGGCUGGCGCACAAGGAAGCAGCUCCAAGGCUCGAGCGCCUAAUGCACACGGAGACAGAGAUGCGACUGUGGGAUGGGAGGGGGGACUUGAAGAAAGGAAUGCGCAGGACAGCCGGAAAGGAAGAAGGGAAGACAGAGGAGAGUUCUCCCCGGAGAGCAAGUCGGGGAGCCCGGGGCACAAAUCCUCCUGGUGGCGUUUUUCGUCGUCUUCGUUGGCGAGGACGCUCAGCGCUUCUCUGGCCGUGCAAACGCGAGAGGGGUGGAACCCCGCGAGCUCCCUGGGCUCCUCCCACGACAGUUCGCAUGCAGACCUCGUGGCGACGAAUGCGCUUCUGUCGCCGUCGUCGGGCUUCUUUUUCGACGCCUCCGGCUGCAACUUUUCUUCACCGUCUCCCUCGCCUGGGAGGGCGGCCAAGGCAGCGGCGGCGGCAGCUGUGGCAGCAGGGGCGUCGUGCGCACCGGACGGGCCUGUUGGGCUCCCAGACUUCCGAGGCUGCCUUCUGCUGCAGCAUCUGCAGCAACUCAACUGCGCAAUCCAGCAGCUGCGUGUGCUGGCGUGGGAAGCUGAGGGGCGGCCGCGUAGCUGGGCCGUCGGCAGCGGCGGGGGUCUGCGGCAGGCAGGCGCCUCCUGCGGCACAAGAAAAGACCUGUGUAGAGAAGAGAGAGGAGGCCGGGCGAUGCUAGCUGGAGAGGACGCGGCGCCGCUGCAGUCCGAGACUCAGGGCGAAGUGGGGCCUUUUGAGAGUCACCGGUUUCUCGCCUGGACUGGGCAGCGAACCAGGAAGGGCGAGGGAGUGAGCGAAGGCAGACACAGAAAUCCUCAUGACACUGGAGAUCCUCUCCCAGUGGUGCUGCCGGGGAUGCCUCCGGUCACCGAAGUCACCCUGGGGCUCCACCGAGCGCGCCUCAACGCGCAAAAACUGCUGUACAUCGAACGGAAUGGCGGGAAACGCAGCGGCGACAGCCACGAGACUGACCUGUUUCCCUUUGCCCGAGCGUGCCGUAACGCCUUCGAACGUGCUCUGACUGGCUACGGCGAGCAACUCCAGGGAGGCGCGUCCUCCCCCAAGGGUCUCCACGUACGCAGCAGCCCGCUGUCGAGGACCUUCCCGUCCUUCAGCGAGUGGUGUGUGCGGGAGCUUGGCCCCCUUCUUCUUUCUCGGUGUGAUCUUUCAGCGAUCGCCGAUCGCCAAGAGCUUCUCCUCGACGUGCGUCGCGCAGCUUUCGCUGCGGCGCGACAGAAGUCUGCGCAGCUCUUGGGCGCAAGCGGCGCUACCCCGCCCAAGAAACCAGUUGAAGGCCGCCUUUCAGAGGCGACCCGUGGUCACCCAGCGCGCCUGUCUUCCCCAGCAGGCUCCAGGGAAGGCGUAGAGGAUGCGGCGGCGGGAUUAGAGGGGGAGGCUCGGAUCGGAAGGGAUGCUGCAGCGAGCGCAGUCGCAAGCGCUGCCGCCUUGGCAGCUGAGGAGACUGCAUGCGAAGGGCUGCGGGUUAAGCAGGAGGAAGAAGAGGCCCAGAAAAACGCCCACGGCGACCGGGUCAGGCGUGCGGAGAGAAUGUGGAGAGAAGCGGUUCACAAGGGCGGCCGAUCGAAACGCGUAGAAAGCAGAGGCCCCUUUUUCGACGCUGUCGUCGAGGGAGAAAUGGCUUUGCACUACUUGGAGAGCAUCAGCGCCGUCGACCUCCUUCAGCAGCUGGUCUGCUGUCUCGUGACUGGCGCCGUCGAAACGUGGCUAACUUCGUGUGCAUGUUCGCUGCUGGAUGCUGCAUUCGGCGGCCUACGUCCCUCUCUGGAAGAGACGGCGCGGAAAGAGGCCGCUGUACAGACGGUUGCGUGCCUGGCUGGGUGCCGCCAUUUUCUAUCCGCGUCAUCGACUCACAUGCCUCUCCACUCCUCGUCGGCUGCAGCCGCUUCGCCUCGGUUUCCGCCGUGUGUUUUUCUGCCCCUUCUCUCCGCAGUGUUGGAGCUGCAGCGACAAGCGGUUCUUCAGCUGGCGGCAGCCGGUUCCCGCAGCGCGCGAGAUUCGUUGAGGGCCUCGCAUGAGCCGAUGAACCGUGUAAGUGACGCGGGCGAUGUUUUCUCUCCGUUUGCUCUUCUCUGUACGCCGGCGGUCUUCGCCGCGUUUCUCCACUGCGAGCUUACCGCGUCGCGCGCCUCUUCGCUGCUGCAGAAAUUCGACCGGUACGGAGAGAAUCUCCCACGCGCCUCUCUCGGCGGGGUGCCCCUGAGAGGGGAGACGCUUCUGGGGGGAGCGGCGCUGCAGCUGUCUGAGCGCGUUUUGAGUCAGCAUCUGCGGCAGGCGAGAGAGGCUGCCGGGACGGCACAGAGCAGCCGUACAGAGAGGGCAGAUCCAAACAGAUACUCCGACGCGAUUGAGCUCGAGGGGCUUGGCGAAGACGCUGAAGUGCCUGUUCUGGGCAAAGAGGAAGUCUCGUCGGUGAUGUUCUACGUGAAGGAUUGCCAGAAGGCUGCGAGCGGAUCCUGGGGGCCCGAAGAGGGGGCGGAGACGCCCCUGGACUCGCCAGGGGACUGGUGGGGGAGGGCGACGAGGAGUGCAGACCUUUCGCUGUCGAGUACCUCCUUCGCGUGGACUCUCCGGGGUCCGCAGGGUCUCAGAAACUUCAGAAGAAGCGAGUUUUGA